AUGAAUAUCAUCUCUAUGGUUGCUACGGAGGCGCUACGGUUCGCGUUAUCCCUCUACCCAGAUUUCACGGUUACUACUCGCCGUAAUGAGUCCGAACCACCCCUUAUUUUCUUUAUUGUUGAAAUCAAAGCGAAGACUACCGACACGGCAAAAGCUGUCAAACAGCUCGAGGAAUACAUGCAGGACGCAGCAGAGCGCAAUACAACGACUGACGUAUUCUAUGGUCUCGCCGCGGCUGGAUUCGAGUGGCAAGUUUUUGAAUGCAAGAGGCGGGGUUAUGGAGUUACACGAGUUUUUGGGGAUGAUGAUUGCUUCUCAGAGGCAUCUUCAUUACAGUUUCUCCAACUUGUGGAAGCGGUAGACAGUGCGAUUGACAUAAACGCGUUCACGUCAUCUGGAAGUGCUGGCGAGAGCGUCAGGUCAUCACCAGAGAACCCUUUUCAGCGAGCACCCACGUACCUCCACGAAGAAGCAACUCUGUAUCACAUCAGAGGUGAUAAUCUAGAGGGGAGGCUUCUCAGAGCACAGGCUGGCGCUGGGAGUUCUUCUGAUGGUUCACAACAGGAUCGCUCUGAUGAUUCCCCUACACCAGCGGGGCCCCAACGCUGA